AUGGGCAAAGACUAUUACAAGAUACUGGGCGUGUCCAAGGACGCCGAUGAGGACACGCUGAAAAAGGCAUACAAGAAGGCGGCGCUCAAGUGGCAUCCGGACCGCAACAAGGACAACGUCGAGACGGCCAACAAAAAGUUUAAGGAGGUCGGCGAGGCGUUCGAGGUGCUCAGCGACUCGAACAAGCGCGCCGUCUACGACCAGUUUGGCGAAGAGGGCCUCAAGGCCGGCGGUGGACCACCACCAGGCGCCGAUGGUGCAGGCUUCGGCGGAUUCCCGGGAGGAGCGGGCGGGUUUGGUGGAGGAUUCCCCGGCGGAGGAGGCAGGAGCUUCACGUUCACCUCGGGCGGUCCGGGGAUGGGUGGCAUGGGCGGAUUCUCGCCUAGCGACCCCAACGAUAUCUUUGCCAGCAUCUUUGGAGGCGCCAGCCCCUUUGGCGGUGGCAUGGGCGGUGGAAUGGGCGGCAUGGGCGGUAUGGGCGGUAUGGGAGGUAUGGGCGGCAUGGGAGGUAUGGAAGACAUGUUUGGGGGUGCCGGCGGAGCCAGGCAGAAAGCCGGUGGCGGCAUGCCUGGAGGCUUCAGCUUUGGCGGCGGUGGCGGUGGUGCGGGAGCGGGUGCGCCAGCCGAAAAGCCGAGCGAUGUGGAGAAGCAGCUGCCUCUGUCGCUGCAGGACCUGUACACGGGCACGACCAAGCGGCUCAAGGUGGGUCGCAAGCUCGCCUCGGGCGGGUCGGAGGACAAGAUCCUCACCGUCGAGGUGAAGCCCGGCUGGAAGAAAGGCACCAAGAUCCGCUUCGGCGGUGCGGGGCACGAGGUGGCGCCCGGCUCGUUCCAGGACGUGGUGUUCAUCGUGGACGAGAAGCCGCACGCGCACUUCCGACGCGAUGGCGAUGAUUUGCGCGUCACAAUACCGCUCAACCUCGUCGAUGCGCUCGAUCCCCCCAAGCCGGGCACGCCCGGAUCGCGAAGGCAGAUCGACACGCUCGACGGCAGGAAGAUCGACGUGCCCGUGCCGCAGCCCGCGCCCGGAAAGUCGUCGGUCACGCCCGGAAGGACGACGAGACUCGCCAACGAGGGCAUGCCUAUCAGCAAGACGGGCGGCAAACGCAAGGGCGACCUCGUCGUGGAGUGGAGCGUCCAGCUGCCAGAGUCGCUCACGGCUGCGCAGAGACUGGGCAUCAGAAAGGUCCUGGCGCCCUAA